CAGCUUUCUGAAAUGCGCUCGAUCUCUGUUGCUUUGUUGGCGGCUGCAGUGUUUGUCUCUCAAGCCCUUGGGCUCGGUCUUUCGACUAUGUCGGUGGCGACGCGAACAGACGGAACUGUUUGCGAUGGUCAAGUCAACCUUGACAAGACCGUUAUUGGAAAGGACAACAAUGUUCAGGUUCAGUUCGCUACCUGUCCACAGGAUUCAUUUGUCAAGACGGCCCUCGAGUCGCGUCAAACAGCCCCGCCCCCGGUGAACGUCUGCGGAAAUACCUGCAACACAUUCUGCUUCACUCCCUCGGGAGGCGGACCGGAUCCCAACGACUGCAACGUCAUCGCGGACGCGCUGUUGUACAACAGCCAGAACAUCGGACCUUUGUUCACGGUUCCGUCUGGAACUAACAACACUGUCGUCAUGCAAUACGCCACGUGCCUCACAUUCUUCGUGAAUCAAGAGAGUGUGCCGAUCGAAUACUGCCGCAGUGAUUGGGCAUCCCUCGUCAAAUUCAUUGCACCGAACUGCCAGGCAACCCAGAACGCGCACGGCGGGCUCUGCCUCGCCUCAAACCAGCAAUGGUUUGCUCAGGUCAACCACUCUUAG